CGUUAACGUCGAGUCGAUACAGCUCAGCAAAAUACGUUGUCAUCAACACACGUUAAUUCGCAGCUUUAUAAAAAUUGAAGUAACGGAAAUUUCUUGUGACUAAAUAUGGAGAUCCCGCCAAAAGAAGAAGAGAACGAACAGCAGACGCAUUCUGAGUAUUGUGAUGCACUUCUAAGUGAAACAAUAAUCGCAAUAACCCAUGACGAAUAUAAAAAUACAGCUUUAAAAAAGAAACUUGGAGAAUCAGAAGUUCAAAAGACAUUUGAGCAAAAAGGGGCAGAAAAUUCACUUGAUGAUGCUGUCGGACCUAAGAAUCCUGUCCAGAGUUCUGAACGGGAUAGGAUAGCCAGUGUAAAGAAAACGAGGGAAAACAAUGCUAGAAAAGAAAAGAUGAUAAAUAAAAAUUACAAAGCAGUAGACGAAAUAAUGAAAAGAUAUACUAAGGAUUUAAAAAUACAGCGAGAAAAGGAACUAAAGUUGAAAAAACAGAUGGCAAAGAGUGAGAGGAAAGAGAAAAGGAAAUUAGAAAAAGAGAUGAAGAAAAAAGAAAAGAUCAUGAUGAAAAACUUGAAAGUUUUUGAUAUUGAAAAGAAGGAUAAACAAGACCAUGCCAAAGUUGGUGAAAACGAAAAAGAAAAUAAGAACACAGUUGGUUUAAGGAUUUAUAAUUUCUUUAGAAAUCUGUCCUGUUUAACAGGACAGAGAAAAGAUGUUUAGUGACGAACCGUCAAUUAGUGUUUAGUGACGAACCGUCAAUUAGUGUUAAGUGACGAACCGCCAAUUACUGUUUAAUGAC